ACUCAACAAGGUGUUCCUAAUACUCUCCUUGAGAAUAAGAUGAGUAGAGUUUUUGCUGCACCUCCAGAAGAAAGAUCAAAGGCGUUUUAUAACACACCACCUUCAAAAUAUGAAAUCAUUGACCAGGGACGUGAGAUUUUCUACAGGGUGAUAAGAAUGGGAUUUGAGGAUACUUAUGUUUCAAGUCCUGGUUCGAUGUCAGAGAAAUAUGGAAAGGACUAUUUUGUAUGCACUGGUCCUGCUUCAAUGUUGGUGCCUGUGACUGUGAAUCCUGGUGAAGAAUGGAGAGGAGCACAAGUUAUUGAGCAUGAUAAUCUCUCAUAAUCACAUAAAUUAACAAAUAUUAGUUUACAUGAUUUUUGAAACAUUUCCUUUCCUAUCUCCCUUUGUUUCUCUCUGCAUUGUUCUUCCUAUGUAUAUUUGUUUAGUUGAUUUAUGUCCCUAUAGUACACUACUAUCAAUAAAAUAUAUUACAUAAUCUUUGCAGAA